AUGGCUGCUGUGAUGGGCCAUGGAGGUGAUGGUGGUGACAAGCCACCACAUCCAUUCGGUGGAGAUAUUGGUGUUCACCAGAUUGAUGCUGUACCUCCCAGACGAAGAUGCAUGGUUGGAAGUUAUAUGUGGCGCGACAUAGAUUUGGAUAAGAACACCUGGAAAGAAGUUCCUGAAGCCAAUCGGAAUGGCAUGUUUACGUAUCUUUCCACAUAUUUUGAUUUUCAAGCCAUUUCAAAUGAUUCCGAUGCUAGAAUUUUAUGGGAAUCACUAAACCAUCGGAUAUGUCAGCGGUAUAGAGGCCGCAAAAAUAGGGCAAAAGAUAAAUUUAUAGAUAUGUUAGAGGGUGCGGAGGCAGCAAGGGCUCAACCCCCCCACCCCCCGGGUAUGGAUUCAACGCGUUGGAGUGCUACUAUUGACCACUUCUUAACUGAUACGCAUUGUAAACGAUCCAGUUUAAACAAAGAAUACCGGAAGAAGCAAGUAGUUAAGAAUCGUAUAGGGAUGUGCAGCUACGGUAGUGCUUCUUUCAAAAAUAAAAUAAUGCUAAUGGAGGGGAAGGUUAAAGGGUCGUGA